UACAUGCUUUUGUAUAUUGAAGGCUUUCUGUUGUGGAAAUUCACGUGCGCGCUGUACGUGCUGACUGUUUGUUUGAAAGUGUGUUUUACUCGACAUAGAAUACUAAAUAGGCACAUUAUAUUAUACGACCAGAUUUAAUACCAAGUGACCAUGGAGACGGUGACAGAGCUUGCAAGAUUUGGUGAUGAAUGUUUAAAGGAGAAAAACUAUGAUAUGGCGAUCAGUGCAUAUUCGUCAUCUUUAAACAAAGGUGGUCACCCGCAUCAGUCGGACGUGCUGAAGAAAAGGUCCAAUUGCUAUUUCCAGGUCUGUAGUUAUGAGUGUGCCUAUGACGAUAUCAUUGAAGUUCAAAAGACGUCUCCCAGAUGGAUAGCGGGAUAUCGAUACGCAGCUAACUGCCUCUCUAACUUGGGCGACGUUGAAGGUGUUUGUGAACUCUACAAAAAAGGUCUGGAGUCAAACAGUGGAAACGUAGAUCUCAGAAAUAGCUUAGCAGAUGCAAAACUGAAAACGGUGGGAGAGACCUCAGAAGCAGCGAGUAAUAACCCAUUAAGCACGUACAAGUUUGACUAUUAUCCGGGAGAUGACCUUCGUCUCAAAGAGGAAAAGGAAAAACGUGACGUCAUAGAGAGUGAAAAAUCACAGUCUGAAGUACGUCAGUCACAAGAUCGAUCUGCCUCAGAGCUUGUAAAGGAUUCAUGGAAACACAGACAAAAUGGCGACCUCUUGAAAUCUUCAGAAAGUUUAUUCUCAGCAGUACUGAAGAAACCGGAAGUGGCAUGUUUACGACAGGUACUUGGUGAUAUGUACUUCCGUCAAGAUAAGUACGAAGAGGCUUUCAGAUGUCUAAACGCUAUACCAAGCAAUGGGAGAUCAUUUGACGCUUGGAGAGUUGGAGGUAAAGUGUUACAGGAACUUGAACUUCCGGUUUCGGCAGAGAUGUGGCUCCGCCAAGCGGCGAAAGUUGGCGGUAAACGAGCUGAACAUGCCUCGAUGUUGUUUCAAGACAUCAGAUCGAGGCGGUUAUAUAAAAACCUGACGACCGACAAAAAUGUCGAAGUGAGAUUCACGGCAAAAGGGCGAGCAUUAUUCGCCAAGGAAGAUAUAGCUAAAGACAAAUUAAUUUUUGAUGACAGACCAAUUUUAUUAGCUCAAACAAACGACAGUUCAGACAUUAGAGCCUGCAGCACCUGUGCGAAAACCUUACAAACAGCAGAGGAAUACUUUGGUAGGGAAAGUUUCGACAAGAACCCUGCACUGAAGAAAAUCACAGAAACACAUUGGCCAAAAUAUGACGUCAUUUCCUGUUUACAUUGCGACCAAGAGUUUUAUUGCAGUAACCUCUGUCGCGAGUCUGCAUGGGAACAGCAUCAUCAGAUCCUGUGCACCUCUGUCAACGAAAGCGUGAAGAAGUUGUAUGACGUAUGUGAGCAGUACAAGAAGUUGAUGGAGUCGAACCAGCGCGUGUUGGAAGGUGUGUGGAACGCCGCGUUCAGCCCCAUGCUACUAGCGCGACUUUGGGCAACCAUUGUCUGCGAAGCUAAGCGACAAGCCAAGACACGUGGAGCUUCAGUUCCGGAGGAUCGGGACUGGAUCAGAGCUAAACUCCCCUUCAGAAGAUACAUCGCAUUUGGUCCAUGCAGUUAUGCGCAGAUGGUUCCAGAAAUGGUUAAAAUCAUGCGCGCGAUAUUCAAAGAUGCAGGAACCGGGAUUGCUAUAGACAUCUCCGAAAAGGAGUUUGAUGGUCGAUAUUUCCAGCUUGCUUGCAAUGUUCAAGCUUUCUCGGACCCAACUCCACCAUUCAUCACGUUUAAGAGAAAUGCGAAGUCUGCAGGUUUAGAUGCUGCACAGUUUAUGAACCCCGAGGAAAAGUUCGCUACUUUUGGUGGACUCUUUGGUCUCCACUCAAGCAUGAACCAUUCGUGUGUCAAUAACGCGGAGAUCCACGACGGUUCUGCCAGUAACAAACCUGGGGUCCACGUCAUAGCCAACAGGCCAAUCAAAAGAGGGGAAGAAAUCAACAUCACUUACAUUGACACCAGAAUGUCGCGCCAAAAUCGACGAGCAUGGCUCAUCCGCUCUUACAAUUUUUGGUGUCUUUGUCCCCGAUGCCGGUUUGAGGGUGAUGACAGCGGGUUCUGUACGAACUGCAACAAGCAGGCGGUGGAGGCUAAACCAUUCCUGGGAUGUGGAAAAUGCCACAGUGCUUGGUACUGUUCUGCUCAGUGUCAGAAAUCUGCUUGGAAGCGGGGACACAAAGCCAUAUGUCGGAAACGAUGAUGGAACAAUAUUGACUGUGAAGUGAUCGCUAAUUUCAAACUGCUGCCUUAUUUAAUUACAGUUAGUAAAUGUGUUUUCCUUUUCUUUUCUUUUUUUUGCCCUGCAGGUAGGGCGUAAGAAUUGUACCUGCU